AUGAUCAGAAGAUUGUUCCAGUUGAUCCGUGUGAAGAGCCCCCGGAAACCGCUGGCGAGCGGAACUAUCAAAGGUCAAAGAUGUCGUUAUCGACCGCAUUUUCAUCCUGGUAUCGGUUAUGUGAAAUAUAUUGGUGCAAAUUUCGUCGUGUUGCUGAUUGGUUACCAGUAUAGUAGAAAUCAGUUAUUCGUCUUUGGUGAAGAACCGAUUGCCUAUUCAACUCCGUUGGAUGUCGAUCACAGUGGUGCAAACAUGACAUCUCAUUCAGGUUCUUCUUUGGGCUCCGGCACUGCCAUGACCCUUCUCGAUGCGGCAGUAUUGAAGGUUUCUCAGAGCGUUAAACGGAGGCUCCAGCAUCAACUACCCAGAAGAAAACACUCGCGGCGUCGAUUUUCAUCGACAGCCGUAGACAGCGCGUCUUUUGCGUCUGAUACGCGAAGUAGCAGAGACCGCACCAAUGCACCAAUGUCAAGCAGCAAAGGAACAACAUCAGCGAACACAGAAACCCACCUUGAAUGUGUACAGUAUAUUGAUUCAUUGCGAACCCCUUCCUCCAAAAGAGCGCGGAUAAUUUCUUGGCUCAGUGAUCCCCGUAUUCCAGUACAUCUGAACGAAAGGCAAUCCGAACCUACACUCAAAAAACACUCCGUCUCCUCCUGUUCAUUAUCUCCGUCAAAGUUACGAAUGUCGAUUUGUGCUCCACUCAAUCGUUUUGAACGUGUUUGUGAUUGGUUGAUGGAACAGAAGGCAUUUUCCACCUCCGAAUAUUUUUAAAUCCCAAAUGUAUUUACUUCCACUUUCCUUUGCCUGUGUGAUGAACUAUCUGCUAUUUUCUGUAUUUGAAUGCACUAUUUUAGUAAUCCGCCUUAGUAUACGAUGUGUUUAC